AUGGCAGGCCGAGCCGAAGACAGCGAGAAAUCCCAGUCCGACCGCGAUCCUGGCCGUGACCAUGUCCGGCACUAUCCGCUCGACUGCGGCCGUCUCGCUGUCCACGAGUACAGCCACCAGCGACUGACGGGCCGCGACGUGAUCGCGAACCGCGUCAUGCGAGACUUCAUGGCCCCGAAACGCUGCCGCGCGAGCGUCUACACCCGGCCCGCUCGCUGCCCGGCCUGCUUCAACCCCGUCAAGACUGAGGACAAGGCCCUCGGCAACGACGUGGAGAUCCUGCGCAUGCUGCUCUACACCGCCCACCCUCUGGAGCCCAUCCGAGAGGAGAACGUAAGCGCGCUCGACGCGGCCGGCCACCCAUCGGUGGGCGACCUCGUGCUCGACCUCGUGCAGCGGCAUUUCCUCGAGACGAGCGACCCGGCCUUCAAGCUCUGGAUCGAGCAGACCCGCCCGCCGCCUCCGCGGCCCUGCGCCCACGAUGCCCCACACCGUUCGAGGGAGCGCAACUACCGCCGCUGCCUCCAGCACCAGCUCGAGACUGAGAGGAAGGUCUUCCGCGCAGAGCACACGGCACACCUGCAGGCGGCGCAGGACCUCGCCGACGCCCGGAACCCGGGCCGCCUCUUCGACGGGGACGCCUUCCUGCCCAUGCUCCGGCAGUCCUUUGACCGCCAGUGUAAACAUCCGCAGGUCCGCGACCGCUACCUCGCCAACAUGGGCGCGACAAUGUCACCCUGCUCCAGUGAGCUGUACGACGUGGUCAUGCCCUUUAUGCUCGCGCCCGUCCACCGCACGGAGAGCACGAGGUCAUUCUGGACCAGAUCGCAAGAGUGGCUUACUCUACCCCUUGCCGAGCACCGGCGCGGACGGCCGCUCCACCGUCCAGAAGAGUGGGCGACCGACGAGGGUCGGCCCCGGCACCGGCACCGCCGAGCCAGCUGUCCGGAUUUGAAGAGUUUCGGCGUCGCACACCUCCCGUGGCAUCAUGAGCGCAACGCGUCGGGGCGACCCCAGCUACAGAUCAUUUUCCGCCGCCUGCCGCUUUCCGAGCUCGACCGCCGCGCCGCCCGGCCCCGCAGCCUCAGCCGCCGGCGCAUCGCCGACAUGUUUGUCCAAACGGCGCCAGACUUUUGCGCCCUCGAGCCACGGGAUGCAGCAGACUGUGCGGAUACUGACUCUACAUCAAUUACCAACCCCACAGAGCACAGCAGCGCAACCAACAGACGAUGGCGCCCGUUCCUGAUGAGGCCCCGCCAUCCGGACACUCGUGACUACCUCCACACUCCCGCAUGGUGCACCCUCUGCGAAAAUCAUCACAGCGUGAUCACAGACGAAAUGCUCAAGGCCAAGUACGCCUUGAGGCAACGCUGGCGCGACUCCGCACCUCUAGACCGCCGCCCGCCGUGCGAAAACUGCGCCUCCCCCGACCGGCCGCACCCGACCGCCGCCUGCCUCCGCCGGUGCGGCUUUUGCGGCGCGCCCAACCCUGCCACGGCUGAUACGCCCGAGCUCGGAUGCGACCCGGAGGACUUGCACGGUUGGGGCAGGGCGCAGGCGCUCCACCCGCGCCCGCACACAGCCCCGGCGUGCCUCGUCGCCAAAGUCAACCGGUGCAAGUGCGCACCGUUCCCGACAUACCACCGCGCCAAGGCGUGCCCGGUCCCGUGCGCGCGGUGUCCGCCCAUCACCACGACGGCGGAUGGCGACAAGAAAGGGAAGGGGAAGGAUACAGGAGCGGGGGCGGGGGCGGCGGUCAGGGCCACGCGCCACAGGGCCAUGACGUGCAAGGUGCGGUGCUGCAUGUGCGGCAUCCGCGGGCACAGCGGGCACGAGUGCCGGCAAAUGCGGUGCCGGUGCGGCGGGGCGCACCUGGGCCAAUACUGCGGGUGGCAGCCGGGGUGCCGGGUCGAGGGCUGCGACCGGUACCUCUGCGGAGUGCACUGUGACGAGUGCGAGGACCGCGGGAAGCCGUGUGGUGAUGGGGGCGUGAAGUGUGCGAGGAAAGCCAAUUCUAAGCGCCAACCGCGGAGGAAAGAUGAUCAUGAUCAUGAGACCAAGGAUGAAGAGGUCACGGCGGAGAAUGAUGGAGAACCCAAGUCGAUUUUUUCCAUGAAUGAUGGAUGA